AUGUCAAGAUCGGGUGAUGAAUGUGUUGUGGCUCUUACAGAUCAGUGGUACAUAACGUACGGAGAAUCAGAAUGGCGGCAAAUGGCUGAGGAGUGCUUAUCAAAAAUGAAUCUCUACUCUGAAGAAACAAGGCAUGGAUUUGAGCACACUUUGAGCUGGCUCAAUCAGUGGGCUUGCUCACGGUCUUUUGGUCUUGGAACUCGAUUCCCUGGGAUGAACAGUUCCUUGUGGAGUCCUUGUCUGAUUCCUCUCUUUAUAUGGCGUAUUAUACAGUUGCCCAUUUCUUUCACGAUGGAGACAUGUAUAAAGGGAUACCCAAAAUCAUCUGACAUUCCGUCAGAUGUUUUAAGUGAGAUGAAGCAGGAAUUUGACUACUGGUACCCACUGGAUCUUCGAGUUUCAGGAAAGGAUCUUAUUCAGAAUCAUUUGACGUUUUUCAUCUACAACCACACUGCACUAAUGGCGACGUAA